AUAUCUUUAUGCUAACCCUAGUUGAGACGCAUCCUUGUGGUGCCACUGCAGUCACAUUUACUAGCCUAACUAACAAUUUAGUAUCAUACCAUGAUUCAUUAUUAUAUUUCAUUCAAUAACAAAUCAUUUCAGUUGCUGUUACUCUAUCAAUUGCUAAAAUAUAUUUCUUGAAAUAGAUAAUUGUACCAAAACUAUAAACAUUCUCAAUACUACAUUUGUACAAAACAUCAGACUUGCAAAAACUCAUCACUGUUUUCUUCAGAGCUGCUUCAUAGCCGAAAUUAAGUCUGUUUGCAUCAAAUCAUUAUUUUUCUGUUGAUCACUGUAAAGCUGCCUUAAAACAAUCUGUAUUGUAUAAAGAGCUAUAAAAAUAAAGGUUCGUCACAUUGAAAUGUCUAGGUUAACGUAGUGUUUACAGUUGAGCGCUGGAUCAGUUAUUUUGGAUUUGUAGCUAACAGCAGGAUUAUUAGUAUUCAGAAGGCUGUAAAUGUGUCUGUCAGAGGCGGGUUAGCUUGUUUCCUCUCGAUUUAAUCCUCAUUCAUCACCUUCGUUUGACGUUUUUCCUUACGCCCCUUUCAUUCUCACUUGGAGGUAUUAUUCUCUGUAAAACUGAUUUGCAUUUACACAAUCCAUGGAAUAAAUGAAGCCCAUAAUAUAUUAAGGAGAAAGUGAAACACGACAGUAUUAUGCUAAUGACGGUGUCUGAGGGAAGACAUACCUGUCUUUCAGCGCGCUGAGCCCGAAUGAGAGAUGUUAAAGAGUUUAAUUAAAGGGCGGGAACUGAUUCGCGCCUUCUGAGGGCUGGAAGUUUCUGCACGGCUCAGUGUGCGCGCGCGCCCGGCUGCACUGGAUUCAUUCACUUCAUCUGAUCCUACUGUUCUUUUCUGUUUAUGUUGUAACAGCAGCUGAGAAGAUGCGGGUUCGAGCGCUGCUGAUCCUGAUACUCACAUCAGUUCUCAUCGCGCAUGCGCAAGUGCCGAUGCCCAGAAGGCUGCGUUUCAGAGAGUUGAGCUCCGACACGCUCAGCGUGAGCUGGAAGGAGCCGAAGGGAGCGUUCGACGGCUAUAGACUCACGUACAGCACUGACUCAGGAGAUGAGCGUGAGCUGAUAGUGAGUAAAUCUGAACCCAAAGCCGUCAUCGAAGGGUUCGACCGCAGGAAAGAGUACAGCGUGAAGAUCACGGCCGUCAGAGGGACGGAGAGGAGCAAAGCAUUGCUGGGCAGAUACAGUGGAUCAGAGUCAGGCUCGGAGGUGAGUGACGUCGGCGUGCCGCUCAACCAGCAGGACAGCGUCGUCUCUGUGCGGGGCGAUGAGAUCGCUGAAGAGGACGUCUUCACAUGUAAAACUCCAGCCAUCGCCGAUAUCGUGAUUCUGGUGGAUGGAUCGUGGAGUAUCGGCCGGAUUAAUUUCCGUUUGGUGCGGAUGUUUCUGGAAAGCCUCGUCAGGGCCUUCGCGGUCGGUUCUGAAUACACACGUGUUGGGCUAGCGCAGUACAGCGGGGAUCCGCGGAUCGAGUGGCAUCUGAACGCUCACAGCACUAAAGAGGCCGUGAUCGAGGCUGUGAAGAACCUGCCUUAUAAAGGAGGAAACACACUCACAGGUCUUGCUUUGACGUAUAUUUUGGAGAACAGCUUUAAACCUGAAUCUGGAUCCAGACCUGACGUUCCUAAAAUUGGGAUUCUGAUCACGGAUGGGAAAUCACAGGACGAUGUUCUUGCUCCUGCUCAGAGACUCAGAGACGCUGGGAUCGAGCUGUUUGCUAUCGGGGUGAAGAACGCAGAUGAGAAUGAGCUGAGAGCCAUCGCCUCGCCGCCGGAGGAGACACACAUGUAUAACGUGGCUGAUUUCAGCGUGAUGAGCUCCAUCGUGGACGGAGUGACCCGGAGCGUCUGUGAGCGCGUCUCUGAACUCAGCAAAGAGAUCAGCGGUGUGACAGAGCCAUAUUUAAGGUCACUUGACGCUCCCAGCGACCUUGUGACCUCUGAGGUCACGGCCAGGAGCUUCCGUGUGUCGUGGACUCAUGCUGCCGGGCCGGUGGAGAAGUACAGAGUGGUGUAUUAUUCAUCCAGUGGAUCCAGACCCGAGGAGGUGGUGGUGAACGGUGACGAGAACUCUGUGGUGUUGAGGUAUCUGAACUCUCUGACGGAGUAUCAGAUCACUGUGUUCGCCAUUUACAGCAACUCAGCCAGUGAAGCUCUGAGAGGCAGCGAGACCACCUUGGCGCUGCCGACGGUCAGCAGUCUGGAGCUGUAUGACAUCACUCACAGUACCAUGCGUGUGCGCUGGCGAGAGGCAGAAGGGGCUUCUGGGUACAUGAUCCUGUACGCGCCUCUGACGGAGGGCGACCCCGCGGAUGAAAAGGAGGUUAAAGUGUCUGACUCUGUGACUCAGAUUGAGCUGGAAGGUUUAACUCCUGCUACCGAAUACACGGUUACUGUUUACGCCAUGUACGGAGAGGAAGCCAGUGACCCCAUGACCGCGCAGGAGACCACGCUUCGUCUGACUCCUGCUCGUAAUCUGCGCAUCUCAGACGUAAAUCACAGCUCUGCUAAACUGUCGUGGGACGCGGCAUCUCGUAAGGUCAAAGGUUACCGUAUUGUUUAUGUGAAGACGGACGCUGUGGAGACCAAUCAGGUGGAAGUGGGUCCGGUAACCACGGUGAUGCUGCGCAACCUGAGCUCUGUGACGGAGUACACCGUCGCCAUCUUUGCCCUCUAUGAGGAAGGACAAGCAGAACCGCUGACCGACACUUUCACCACCAGUGUGGUUCCUCUGCCGCUGAGGCUCCAGUCCAGUGACGUCUCCACUGAUAGUUUCAGAGUCACGUGGCAACACGCCGCGUCUGACGUCUCAUUCUACAGACUCAUCUGGAGACCCGCAGCAGGAGGAGAGACUAAAGAGGUUCUCAUCAACGAUAACUCCAACAUGUUUGUCAUCACGGGUCUCAAGCCUUUGACUGAAUAUGAAGUUUCUCUGUCUGGAAUCUACAGAGAUGAAUCUGAGAGCGAUCCAAUGGAGAUCAUUGAAACCACAGUUGCCAGAACAACAACAGUUGCUACAACGACCAUCAGAACGACUACAGCCGUGCAGCGGCUGGCCGUCAGGAAUCUGCAGCUAAGAGAUGUGACGACCUUCAGCAUGCGUGUGUCGUGGGAUGCUCUGGGUCCAAACGUGCGUCAGUACCGAGUGUCUUACAUCAGCACUCGAGGUGACCGCGCCGAACAGGUGUCGAUGGUUCCUGCGGGUCAGACCUCGGUGCUGCUGCAGCCUCUUCUGUCAGACACUGAGUAUCGCGUCAGCGUCUCGGCCAUCUACGCCGACGGCGACGGACCGUCCAUCACGCGCGUCGCUCGCACACUGCCUCUCUCUGCUCCCAGCAGCCUCCGCGUGUCUGAGGAAUGGUACAACCGCUUCCGCAUCAGCUGGGACGCGCCACCCUCGCCCACCAUGGGCUACAGGAUCGUCUACCAGCCCACCUCAGCGUCCGGCCGUGCUCUGGAGACGUUUGUGGGUGACGAUGUGAACACCAUGCUGAUCGUCAAUCUGUUGAGCGGGACGGAGUACAGCGUUAAAGUCAUCGCCACAUACACCACGGGAUCCAGCGAAGCCCUGAGCGGACGCGCAAAGACACUGUAUCUGGGAGUAAGUAACCUCAACACGUAUCAGGUGCGGACGACCAGCAUGUGUGCGCAGUGGCAGCCGCAUCGACACGCCAACCUGUACCGCCUCAUCCUGCAGUCACAGCUCAAUGGUGAGAAACAGGAAGUGAGGUUGGCUGGCUCCGCCUCCAGACACUGCUUCAAUGAUCUCACGCCGAACACGCAGUACACGAUAAGUGUUCACGCUCAGCUGCAGGACACAGAGGGACCGGCGGUCACCACCACGCAGAGGACAUUUCCUGUGAGUACGGCUCCGCCCACCACAACCAGCAGCACCGCCCCUCCGCCCACCCUUCCUGCCACUAAAGAAGUGUGUCGUGCUGCUAAAGCAGAUCUGGUGUUUCUGGUGGACGGAUCAUGGAGUAUCGGAGAUGACAACUUCCAGAAGAUCAUCCGCUUCCUGUACAGCACAGCCGGAGCUCUAGACCGGAUCGGGCCGGACGGGACUCAAGUGGCCAUCGCUCAGUUCAGUGAUGACGCUCGCACCGAGUUCAAGCUCAGCUCCCACGAUAAUAAAGAGAGCCUGCUGGACGCCAUUCAGAGAAUCUCAUAUAAAGGAGGAAACACAAAGACAGGAAGAGCCAUGCAGCAUGUCAAAGACUCCGUGUUGACGCCGGUGGGCGGAGCCAGAAGGGGCGUGCCUAAAGUCCUGGUGGUGCUGACGGACGGCCGUUCCCAAGACGACGUCCUCCAGGUUUCCCAAGAGAUCCAGGCAGAAGGUUAUGUUGUGUUUGCCAUCGGUUUUGCCGAUGCUGAUUACGGCGAGCUGGUGAGUAUCGCCAGCAAACCCAGCGAGAGACACGUGUUCUUCGUGGACGAUCUGGACGCUUUCAGAAAAAUCGAAGAGAAACUGAUCACCUUCGUUUGUGAAGCUGCUUCAGCAACGUGUCCAUCAGUUCCCAUGAGCGGCAGCACUUUACCAGGGUUCAGGAUGAUGGAGACGUUCGGGCUGGUGGAGCAUCUGUACAGCAGCGUGAGCGGCGUGUCGAUGGAGCCGGGGACCUUCAACAGCUACAGCAGCUACAGACUCGGCAGUGACGCGCUCCUGACGCAGCCCACCAGGUUCAUCCAUCCGGAGGGUCUGCCGUCAGACUACACCAUCACCAUGCUGUUCCGGCUGCUCCCAGAAACCCCACAGGAGCCCUUUGCAUUGUGGGAAAUCCUCAACAACAACAACGAGCCAUUAGUGGGAGUCAUUCUGGACAUUGCAGGAAAGACUCUGACCUUUUUCAACACCGAUUAUAAGGGUGAUUUUCAGACGGUGACGUUUGAGGGGAUGGAAAUCCAGAAACUCUUCUAUGGCAGUUUUCACAAGCUGCACAUCGCAGUGAGUAAGACCUCGGCUCUGGUGAUGGUCGACUGUAAAUCGGCAGGAGAGAAGCCUGUUAACGCAGCCAAAAACAUCAGCACUGACGGGGUGGAGGUUCUCGGCCGGAUGGUUAGAUCCAGAGGCUCCAAAGACAACUCUGCUCCGUUUCAGCUGCAGUCCUUUGAUAUCGUGUGCAGCACAUCAUGGGCUCGACGAGACAAAUGCUGCGAGCUGCCCAGCCUGAGGAAGGAAGCCGACUGUCCGUCUCUCCCACGCGCCUGUACCUGCACUCAGGACAGUAAGGGCCCUGCUGGCCCCGCCGGACCUCCUGGAGGUCCUGGUAUCAGAGGAGCCAGAGGAGAUCGAGGUGAACCCGGCCCUGUGGGUCCUGUUGGUCCAGUAGGGGACGCUGGAGUUCCAGGAGCUCAGGGGCCUCCCGGCCCUCCGGGGCCCAGUGGACGCUCCAUCAGAGGCCCUCCGGGCGCUCCGGGUGAGACGGGACAGAAGGGAGAUGCGGGUCCUCCAGGGCUGCAGGGUGUUCCCGGCUCGCCUGGCUCUCCGGGACGUGAAGGGCCUGCAGGAGCCCGGGGUCUGCCAGGUCCAGACGGUCCUCAGGGACGAGUGGGAGCUCCGGGAACUAUAGGAGGUCCAGGAGCCCCUGGGGCCCCAGGAGAAAAUGGCCCUGCAGGACCUAGAGGAGACCAGGGUCCUCCGGGACCCCCGGGGCCUAAAGGAGAGAAGGGUGAGAGGGGUGAAGUCCAGUCCACGUCUUCUGUACAAGCCAUAGCGAGACAAGUGUGUGAGCAGCUGAUCCAGAGUCACAUGGCGCGCUACAGUUCCAUUCUGAACCACAUUCCCAGCCAACCGGUGUCGAUCCGCACCGUCCCUGGACCGCCGGGAGAGCCGGGCCGACAGGGGUCUCCAGGACCUCAGGGAGAGCAGGGACCACCUGGACGACCUGGAUUCCCUGGCAGUAAUGGAGAGAAUGGCCAGCCUGGUGCCAGAGGCCCUCCAGGUGAGAAGGGAGAGAAGGGUAAUCCAGGUGUGGGUGUGCAGGGACCAAGAGGAGCUGCCGGACCUCCAGGACCGCCUGGUGAAGGGAGGACAGGAAGUCCAGGUCCAUCUGGUCGCCCCGGUAACCCUGGGAGUCCCGGCAGACCCGGAAUACCAGGACCAGUGGGUCCACCGGGACCGGCCGGAUACUGUGACCAGAACGCCUGCCUCGGGUACAAUGUGGGAGAACCGGGCUUUGAUGACGACCUCACUGACAGAGAUGUUCCUCCAGUUCAACUGCCGCCCAGCUCGUACCAGCCAUACGGACCGGAGGCCGAGGCCGAGGCCGAGGACGACGACCCCUAUGGAAGCUACGGCUCCUACUACCAGCCCAACUACCCUCCGCCUCGCCCCGUUCAGCCCGACGACCCCGUCAUAGCGCCGGAGGUGGAGGAGCUGCGCUCGCCGGGCAUACAGCGACUGACGCGCAGCCUCGCAGACCUGCGCAGACGGCAGCCUAGAAGAGCAGCUCAGAGGACGUAACCGUCGCGCAGGAAACACAUCACUGUCACAGACAGGAAACACAUGGACAGACAGAAACAGGAAGUGUGUCAAGUGAAGUCAGCUUGAUUUCUACAGCGCUUUAUACAAUACAGAUUCUUUCAAAACAGCUUUACAGUAAUAAACAGGAAAAUAACAGAAUUAAUGAUGCAGACUGCAUCAAAUUCAUGUAAUUUACUUGUCUAGUAAUACCACAUGAUACCGGUUAUUUGUUUGUAAUUCCGCAUUAAAGCUGAACGUUCACUAGUGACGGACCAAUCAGCUGCGAGCUUGAAACUAAACCUCAGCAAUGAAAAUUAAAUACUGCUGCUUCAUCAGCAUAGACCCAUUGACACGUUUACAUGACCACACACAUUGCCGGCUUGUUAAAGUGCCCUAUUAUGCUAUUUUAUUAUGCUAUAAGGUUUCUAAUGUUGUUUUGAAUCUCCUACAACAGGUUCACAUUCAUCCAAGGUCAAAAACACUUUAAUUUUCUCAUAAUAUCCACUGCAGCAUCAGCUCUUUUCUCUCAGUGUCUGAAAAUCAAAGAUUCUCUCUCUAAACUCCGCCUUUCUGAGAGCUGCUCUGCUCUGAUUGGUCAGAUGGCCCGGUCUGUUGUGAUUGGUCAGAAACCAAACGCUCAUUAUCAUAUCUGAUUCUCAGCACUUGAUACACAGUGAUACGAACAGUAACGAUGGCGUCGGUUUUACCGUAUCAAUCUCAUCAAAGUGGAUUUGCUUUGGCAGCAGAAAACAGCGUCUUCUCGACAUGAACAACACAAACCAAACUCUUCCAGUCUCAGAUACAAUUACUGUGAUUGAGGGCGGGGCAAAGAGACAAUGUUCAGCCAAUGAAGACCAGAGGCGGGCAUUAUGCAAAUUAGUUACAAACCCACAUAGGUUCAGCAGGAAGUGAGACUGAAUUACUGACGACUCGAUUCAGUUCAGAAUUUAUUCUUUGUUUUAGGAGACAAAAACUCAAUUUAUCUGCACUUUGAUCUUUUACAUUCACAAACAGCUCUAUUACACACUACAUGAAAGGGAAUCUCUGAAAAAGCAUAACAGAGGCACUUUAGGCAUAAUCGGGUUAAGAACGUGCAUGUAAACGCGCUACAUCUGCUUAGAUUAAAGAUGAUUUCUGUUGGUAAACCACAAACAACCAGCGGCUUUGCUGGAAUUAAUCUUAUUUACACGCAUAACAGAUGCAUUUCAUAGCAAAAGCAUUCAGACAUUUGAGACUGCAUUUGAAAAUGCUCACGGUGUCAGACUGAUGGAGACUUCAUUUCUCUGUCUUUCUGUGAAGGUGGUGUGUUGAAUAUAUUCACAGCGACAUCGUGAAUAUGUGCUUUGUUGUAGUUAUUUAAGGCUAUUUAAGUUUCUGAAGAAAGCACCAGCAGGACAGCUUCAUGUCUUUUCCUUUGUGAUGUCUGAACGGUGAACCGAAUCAUUCUUUCAGGUUCUUUUCUGAUUGAAACAGUUCAGUUCCUUGAAUCGAUUCUUUCAAACGGUCCGAAUCAGUUUGUUUGCGUUUGAUAAUGUAGGUGAUUAUUGCUGUCUAUUAAUAUUGCAUAUUUUACAUAUUACAUUUAAAUGACUGUGAUUGAGCAUCAUUCUUGUGUUUAUUUUGAGAAAAACGGUCAGUUGAAAAUAUAAAGAUGUUUUAUUGUAUUGUUGGUUUUACAUUAAACAUUUUGAAUUUGAUUGGCUGUUUGUUAUAUAAAUGUUUCUUCUGCUUGUGAUGUGAGAGCUCAAGUAAAAUACAGAUAUGUUGUCAUAAUAUCAAGAUAUGUUUGAAUCUGUAUGGAGGCUGAUCAUUCUGUCAGUGAUCGUCUGAAUAUAAGAGUCACAUUCAGAUUAUUCUGUUGAGAGUCUCUUUAUAUCGUCUGUAUUAUGAUACUGAUUCAGUGUCUCAGAUAUGAUAGAUGAACACAUCAAACACUGAUUAUUCUGCAGUUUCUCACUUUCUCAAGCUUUGGCCACGUUGUUUUAUCUUCAGAAGUUAUUUAUUUUAUCUUAAGGUUUUUCUUUAUUUUCAUUAUUCAGCAUGUUUUAAACUUUUAACUAUAUCUGCUGUUGUUUACAAUCAUUUGUUUCACAUUUCAUAGUCAUGUGUCAUUUUUUGAUGUAAUGAUUGCAAUGAUGUGUUUUGAUCAGAUGAAUUAUAGAGCAGGUCAAAUCGAUUUAAUAAAAAAAUAUCAAAAAAUAUUAUAAAA